AUGAAACUGAUAAUGAUUUGUUCACUGUUUAUAAUAUUAGCUCUGCUUGGUUUAUCAACAGCAAGAACAAUUCGAGAGAUAAAUGAUGGUGAUAAUGACGAUGAUGAAUUUUUGGAUGCUUCUGGUGAAGCUCAAGGUGAUCUUUAUAGCCGUAAUCUCCAAACAACUGAGGAUAACGAUAAUGAAUUGACGGUAGAUGAAGAUGAAGCUGAUGUUUAUCGUCGUCAUCUUAGUGAUGCUGCACUUGAACAAAUCUUUUCAACAAUUCGAGAACGAGCAGCAGAAACAGCUUCCGAUGACUUUGUUAUUGAUGAUCUUAAUGAAUUUAUGGCUGAUGAAACAAAUGCCGAUGAAAUGACUGAUUCUAUAUUUGCAGGAAUGGCAGAAGUACCUUUACAUCCACAAGUUCAAACCAUGGAAAUAGCUCGUUUGCCAAAAUUAAGUGCACCACCAUUCCUAAAUGCUAUUCAACAAUAUUGUCCAAAUAUUAUAGUUACGAUGGGUGAUUUACAGGAAAAAGAAAAGAGUGCUUUAUGUCGUCCAAAAUUAGCUGCUGGUAUAAAAGAAAAGCUGACAGAAUUAAAACAACGUGAUCCACGUCCGUAUAAAUGGCAAGGUGGUGAACCUGAACUUGACGAGUGGUUUGGAAAGUUAUUUCCAGUUAAUGUAUGA